GACUGUGACGGGGUUCUGUAGUACUUACGGACUUACGGGGAGGUUGUCAGUGAUCCGUCUUCAUCUACGAAUGGAUUGUUAAAUUACGUCUGGAUACAUAAAUACAAUUUUUUUUGUGUGGGUGUUUUAUAGGCGUUAUAUUUCUUUCGAAAUUAUCAUCGGAAUAUCGAGGGAAUAUUUUUUAUCCCUUCUGAUCAAAAGAUCCGGAAGUGACGUCACACGCUCACCUGCCGCUCCGGGCUCUCUGGCAUCAGUUACCGUUCUCAACAAAAAGGCUGAGCAUCGCCACCGAAGCAGGGACACGAAGGGGAAGGACACCUCCCGAAGGACGCCUGCAGCAGAAGUCCUCAGAAGUCCGCUGCGUGAAACAUGGUGACUCCUCCGCCGCCGAGAACCGCAAGGACGAACUAGGCCGAGACGGAUAAGUGAGGCUGGGGUCCCCGUGGCAGAAUGCGCCUGUUCAAGCGACGUAGCAGUGACCCCGCCCCCCGCCUCGUGUCCCUUUCCCCUCUCACCUCCGAGUACGCCCACAUCCCCGCCCACGCUCCUGGGGAUGCCUUCGUGGACGCCUGUGUGACCCGCCCGCCCGCGCCCACGCCUCAGCCCGCUCAGCAGGAGGAGGGCGAGGAGAUCUACGCGACCGUGGACGGCGACGAAGGCGAUGACGACGGCGAGGAGGCCAUCUACUCCACAGUGGACGAGGUGCACGGCUGCUCUGCCACGCCCUCACUCAUCUACUCGAGCGGCAGCAUCUCCAGCGCGGGCGUGGUGAGCAGUUACUACACAGCGGUGCCGGCGCUGGUCGUGGAGGAGGUCGUGGGCGGACGCGUUCCUGACGAUGCCGCGGGGGGAGCCGGCGGAGGCGUCAAGAAGGGGUUCUCAACAUGGGGGAAGAAGAUGGGCAAGAAGCUGGAGCAGCUGACCCGCGGGGAGAGCAAGGAGCACAUCCAUUUCCCCCUGGGCUCCACACGCACCCGCCGGAGGAACUGGCGGCCCAACAAAGACGCGGAGACGCCGACGUCGGGCGCUAAAGACGCCGCCCCCACCGCCCGCCAGCCCCGCCGGGCCAAGGUGGACCGCGUGGAGAGCAUCCGAAACCUGUUCCGGCGAUCUCGUAGCUGGGACUCGGCGAAGGACCUGGAGGACCUCCCGCCGGCGCCGAGGGUCGCCAAGGCGGCGCCCGAAGCGAGCUCCGCCGGCGGGAGCCCGAAGAGCGCCGCGGCGGACGACCCGGACAAUGUGUACGAGUCGCUCAAGGACAUAGACCGCGAGCCAGUGAGUGCGAAGGGGACGGUGCUCUUCAGGAGCGCCUCCACGUCCCACCUGCCGGCGCUGGAGGCGGGCAUGGACGUCCUGGGCAGAGGGGAAGCGAGGGAGGGCGCGGGAGGGGACGGCGGGGCGGAGGCGGGAGACCUGGGCGAGGGCGAGUGUGAACUCAAGGCGAAUGACGGUGAUAAGACGACCAAGAAAGGGCAGUUUCCGUAUGCGUUUCUCAGAUCCAGACUUACCUCGGUCGCGGAGGAACAAGCGACCGCUAGGGAAGAGUGUGGUGACAGCGGGCGUGGCACCGGCAGCCACUGCGGCAGCAUAUCCGACGUCAGAACCUCCUACUCGGAGACGUCGGACUCCAAAUCGUCCUUUUCGGAAAACUCGGACACGAAGUCGUCUUGCUCCGAUUCGUCGGAAAACACGAAGUGGACUCGCGAGGAGGAGGAGGAGGAGGAGGACCUGGAGGAGAGGGGCAGCGGGGGCCGGAGGGAGGGGGAGGGGCAGGGCGACGCCGUCCCCAGGGACAUCAUCUCGCCCAUCCCGGCGCCCACAGGCUUCGGCGACGGGGACUUCGUGGUGACCGUGCGAGUGAAGGGCUCGGCCGCCGACGAGGGGAGGUCCUCGGUGUACAUCAAGCCCGAGGGGAACCGCGCCGCGAGGAAGCUCAGCUCGGACCUGGGCGCGGCGCAGCAGGGCUCGGAGAAGAAGGCCAGCGGCUCCAAGGGCGGCGGAGGACGACCUCUGCUGACGGACGAGGAGAAACUCCGGGCGCGGACCGGCGAGUGUUGCCAGCGCUGCCACUGCGCCGACGGGCCGCACCCGCCCAUCAGACGCCGCCCGCGCUCGCAGCCGCGUCUCUACGCCCGCAUGAGCUACCCGGCCUCCUCCACCUCGUCCGACGGCCUCUACGAGGCCAUCUACCCCGAGGACGCUUACUCGAAGCGCUCCUCCCUUGACCUGGAGCGCCUCGACCGCCUCGAGAGGCUCAACCGCAUCGACCGCUUCGAGCGCGACGACCGCGGCCUCGAGCACGCCUACGACCAGCGGCGCCGCUACUCGCGCUCGGCCUCGCUAGACCGCGCCGAGUCGUGGCGGUGGCGGGACGCGAUGGCCGCCGAGGACGUCGACGCCGACUCCCUGUACGGCGACGCGCCAGGGUACAGGCGGCGAGCGCCCUCCCUGCCGCGCCCCACGCCCCCGCCCGCCACGCUGCCGCAGCCACCCCUCACUAACAAAACCUUCCGCCUGAUCCGCCUCGUCAAGGACGACGGCGACGAGGGCCUCGGACUCUACAUCUCCGGACAGCGCGCCCUCGGCUACGUCAUCGCUCACAUCCUCCCCGGCGGACUCACCGACAGAGACGGCAGACUACGUGUGGGAGACGAGAUCAUCAACGUCAACGGUCGACGUCUGCGCGGCGUCACCCUGGAGGAAGCGCGUCGCAUUCUGCGGCAUACGCCCACAGAGGUAGACGUCGUUGUGGCUCGGGACCCCGACGCCCCCGCCCACGAGUCCCUCUACUCGGACCUGGACGUGACCUCCAUGACCAGCGGGCGAGUGGACUCCCGAGUGGAGACGCGCGUGGACUCGAGGGUGGACAGCGUGGCCGACGACGACGACGCUUCUCUGGACGCGCUCCACCACCCGCACCAUCACUACCAAUCGCACGCCUUCCACCACGGCUGCCACCACGACCACGGUCACAGAGAAGAGGACGAGGACGAGGACGAGGAAGACGAGGACUUAGAGAGAGACGAGCCUCGAGAAGACGACCCUCUCAAUAUGCGUGACUUGGGCCGCCACCUGGAGUCCUGCCGCAGCCAACGGGCCUGUCACCGCGAUCUCCCCGAGCUCCCGCCCAGCGCCAGCAGCACCCGCGAGCUUCCCGAGGAGCCAGGGAGCGCGCGCGACUUCCACCACUGCUGCGAGCACGAGGCGAGGACAUACAACUCGUGUGAUUCGCGGGGAGCUACCAGGGAGCCAAGGGACCCCAGAAAGCGGCGGCGGUUGGAUUCGCUCCGAGAGGAGGGUGUCGUCACCGCCGUUAUGGUCCGCACUGUGUCCGACUCUUCUUCGGCUGGAGAAGAAGAGCCUCGUCGGUUGUUACCUCUCCUUGAGGACGGGGUUUUUGAUGAGCGCCCGUCCUCUCAGGCCUCGCAAGUCUCAGCUAGGACAGUCACUUCCAUGGCGUCUGUCGCAUCUGUUCAUGGCACUGGUCUCACUGCCAUGUCCAGACAGGUAUCCCAGAGGUCACACAGGCCAUCAUCCACAUCUACACUGCCUCGAAGACCAAAGUCCCUCAACCUCUCCUUCCACACAGUUGUCUUUGAAAAGGGCCAUGGCAAGAAGGGGCUUGGAUUCUCUAUUGUAGGAGGAAGGGACUCCCCCAAAGGGAACAUUGGCAUCUUCGUAAAGACAAUCUUCCCAAGUGGUCAAGCAGCGGAAGAAGGAACACUUAAAGAAGGGGAUGAGAUUUUUGCAGUGAAUGGAGAGAGCUUGGCAGGGGCAAGUCAUGCAGAAGCCAUUGCCAUGUUCAAAGCCAUCCGCACUGGCAAAGUCGUGCUGCAUGUGGGCCGUCGUGCAACUUCAAAGAAAAGAGCCCACAAGACUAAGUCUUUUGAUGACCUUGAUAAAUUUGAAGAAUGAGGAUGAACUGCCUGAGGAUCUGAAGACGUAACAGAUGCCAGAUGUAGCUGAAGGAUGAAUGCAAAUUUUUUGAUAGACUGUAUAAAUGUGUCCUAGU